AUGAUUUCAAGUCAUUCAAAUGAAUGUAUUUGUCUCUCAAGUGAUGAUGAUGAGGAUGAAAUCAUAGAGAAUUCACCCCAAGUAGUUUUUAUAAAAUCAUCCUCUCGAGUUAUUAUAGCUUCAUCACCAACAACAACGAAUGGUGAUAAUAACAACAAAUUUUCAUCUUCUUCCGAUCGGAACAUUGCACUACCAAAGCCCGUCAACCGUGAUUACCCUUCUCAAGAGGAUGAUGUUUGUAUGAUAUUGAGCGACGAUGAUGAAGGAACAAUAAUGUACACAUCUCCUCCGAAAAGAAAUGAAACCAAUGGUACUACCAACACUAUCAAUCACUCUAACGAUCCGACGAACAAAACUUCUGGCUUUUCUACUUUGCUAUCAUCACCAGUUUUGUUCACAAAAUCAUCAUCUAACAGCUCCACAAUUCCUUUCGCUGAGAUGGGCAAUAAUCUAUUAAGCGAUGAAGAAGAAGAAGAUCAAUACAAACUUCCUUCCCCUCCAAUUUCCAUUCACUCUGAAAAACGAUCUUUCAAAGAAAACGAACUUUCUCAACCUGAAUGCUCACAAACAUUUUCAAAUCAUCAAACUAUUUUUCCAUCUCAAUCAAUGGAAUACAGUGAUUCUCAAAGUAGCUCACAAUAUUAUGAAAGCCAAUCACAGACAUUUGGAUCUUGUUCUCAAAUAAGUUUUUCCCCCAGCAGAAAACAAGUGUUUAAGAAAAUUGCAAUAGGAAAAUUUGCUUCAACAGAAAUUGUGACCACAUUUGAUGAAAAUUUGAAAUCUAGCGUUGGGGGAGAUGACAUAAUUUCUGAUUUUACUCAAAACAUUGCUUCUACAGAUGCAAGCUUGGUCAAUAUCACAAAGUUACCAAUUGCUCACUCCAUUCAAUGGAAACGAAGACUUGCGUUGGAUUAUGUGUUAUUUGUUUUUCAAAAACAGAAAAGAGAUCCAAGUCAUUCUAUUCGAUAUGACCCUUCUAACAUGGAGAGUCAAACUGUAGAAUUUUAUAUUCCAUCAGUGGCUAUCAGAAUGACUGGAGCAUCGUUUCUCAAAAUUUAUUCUGCCUCCAAAGACAGUGAUACAAAUAUACUACACAAAUACUUGAAUGACGUCAUUCAGAGGUUAGAUAGAGAGGGGAACAACAUACUUAUGCAGGAACAUGUUUAUCCUCAUUUAAAAGGAGAUAAAUUCAAUAUUAUUCUCAUCAUUGAAGGUCUCAAUGAAUGCAUUAAGAAGUAUGAAAACGAACAAUAUCAACACUCAUUACAGUCUUCCAAGAAAAAAAAGAAACCAAACAACCCUCCAUCAGAGCAGCCUAAAAGGAAGCUGUUUCAAAAAGAUGAUAUCGAGAAAUUUAAAUUGAAAACAUUAUUUACAUUAGAGAGAGUUCAAUUUGUGGAAACAAAAAACGUUACUCACACGUUAUCUAUUUUGAAAGGAAUUACAACUCGAUUUCAAAUAGCUCCUUAUAAGAAAAUCACUUCUGCUGUGGAUUUUAUUCAAAAGCCAUCGGCAGGAGUAAAUUCGGUUGACUCUUGGACAAUGCAACUGAUUCAAAUUCCAAAGAUAUCUGAAAAAUCAGCCAAACUAAUUGCCCACCAGUAUCCAUAUUAUGCAAGUUUGAUGAAGGCUUACCAGAGAUGUAAAAGUGAAACAGAAAAGAGACUUCUUAUAUCUAGCAUCAAGAAUGGAGACAAGAGAUUGGGAGACGCAGUGUCUCGGGCGCUCUAUAACUUUUAUUGUGUUGACAAUGAAAGUGUAGAAAUUAUGGAAGAGAAUAGCAAUGUUUCAGGACUCUCUGAAGAAGAAAGCAACUCUCAACGUUGUGAAACCAUUGUUCACUCACAACAAGCACCUCCUAAAAAGAAGACUCAACAAUCUAGAAAAAAGAAAAAAACAGCCUCAACAACAUCAUUUAAUGUUGAACAUUCUCACAAGUCUUCAUCUCGACCCAGUGAUGAGAGCGAGAAUAUUCUUUUUGAGAAUUUACUCUAG